UUUACAUUUUUUAAAUAAUCAGAUAAAAUGAUUAAAAAAUGCAGAUAAAUUAUUUUUAUAUGUGUAGAGUCGGCUUCGAGCUCUUUAUGCUCAAAUUUGUGUCGAUGUGGUUUUUAAGGCUAUAUCAAUUCAAGUACAUUUUUAAGCAGUUGUUUUUUGUGUUGAUAAAUUUCGCAAUAUUUGCAGGAUUUAAAUGGAAAGAGCUGAAGCUUACACAGCCAUCUCUACUACCAUAUAUUCAAUGUUUGCUACUUCCUCUAGCUCUAUCUUCAAUUGAUAAUUUUAUGCUACAAAAUUUUUUACCACUUAUUUUGAUUUCAACAUUUCAUUGUUUCUGGAUCCGGCUGAAUAUUUCAAAGCUGAAUUCACCUAUUUUUACUGUACUGUCUUUUUUCACCGUCCUAAGGCUGUUCAUUUCAAUACCUAAUUUCGGGUUGUUUUUCCUCAUUUUAGCCCAAUGUGUAACAUAUCUAGUCAUUCAACUCACCCAGAAAAGGUAUAUCUUCUCUUUAUAUGUAUUGUUUUCUCAAGCCAUUGUAUUUUUAACCUCAAUUGUCUUUAAUAAAUUCAAUUCAAUUCUCGACUUUAACAAAUUCCACGUUUUCACUCGAAAUGUCGUCUUCAGUAACAACAUCGAAGCACUUUUCAUAAAUCUUUUUUAUCACAUUGUAUUAUUUCUACUGAGUAUAUUUGUGAUAGCAUAUCUACUAUCAAUGGAACAGGGGGAUAAAUUUAGGAUAAUGAAUGCCUCCUUUUGUUUUCUAGUUCUUUUACAUUCUGUAUUUAAAUUGCUUCAUUUUCUUGUUUUAUAUAAAGAUAAUGGAAUGACAAAUUUUAAAGUAUUGUUAUCGUAUAUCCUGGAGUAUAACUGUAUCAUAUUUAUACUCUUUUGUAUUCUUACAACCGUGAUAAUAUUCAUGGCAAUAGGCCUUAAUUUAAAGUAUUCAACUAAUCUAUACAGAUCGAAGACUAAUGUCAGAAAAUGGUUUCACCUUUUAAUUGUACUCUUUUGUUACUAUUCCUUUUUCCUCCACCUGGAGAUUUUUUUGGCAUUAGUUUUUUCCUUACUUGUGGUUCUUUUUGUGUUUAUUGAACUACUAAGAAUUAAUAACUUACUAUUUGAUCCUAUCGCUGAAUUCUUCACAAAUAUAUACAAAUCAUUUAGUAUCGGACAUGAUGAUGAGGUACAAAAGUUUGAAGUAUCUACAAUAACAAUGUUGUCUGGAAUACUGAUACCUAUAUUGUUUGAACUCAAAAGCGAUAAAUUUGAUUGGACUCGAGCUUCUCUAGGCGUAGCCACAAUUGGCAUUGGGGACUCUAUGGCAUCGGUGGUGGGUUCUAAGUAUAGGGGUAAUCGGUACAAUAACAAAUCGUUCCAAGGACUUGUAUCCUUCUUCCUCUCAUGUCUAUUUUCUUUGAUUUUAACAUCUAUCUUCCAACACGGGUUCCUGGAUAAUUUUAAAAAAUUAUUCUAUGUUUCACUUUUCUCCUCUGUUUUCGAGUAUUUAUCAAGAGAAGAAGAUAAUAUCUCUGUACCAUUAUUUGCAAUUUUAUUGUACAGAUUGUAGUUUAAUAUUUUAAACACACUA